AUCCCUCCCUCGAUGCCACUUUUUCCUUAUGGGUAUCAGGGCCACCAUAUGGCACAUCAAAUGGGGCUAGACCCAGGACUCUAUGCCAAUCAACACGGAGGUGCAACUGGCACCAUCAAAGAAACUUCGACAGUGCAACGUAUUUCUGAUGUGACAUUCCUUGUGCAGAUGCCCCCUUCGAACGAGCAGGUUAAUUCAGCUCAAGUCGAGGAACCGAAAGGGAAUGUCGCAGGAGAGAAUGAGUGCAGAAAGGCGAAAGGGAUGCCCAAGAGCGAGUCUUCUUCCGAGGAAAAUGAGGAAGAAAAGGAACAGAGACGAAAGGACGCCAUUAGGGCUCGGAGAGAAGCAAUGAGCAAGAAGGUGGACAAAAAUUUGGAAAAGAGAGGUCAGAAGUUGUCAGGAGGAGAUAAAGAGCGUCUUCAACAAGGUGUCCUUGAUUUUGUCUCGGAGAGAGGAGACUUGACGGCAAACAUUGACGAUUUGGCCCGCAGACUAAAAGUCUCAGGAAAUAUCAUUCGUACAAUCAUUGAGGAGGACAGUCGAUUUCUCCUUAGGAAAAACAUGGUAUCAUUGAAUGUGAAGCUAUCCACGUGCGAAAAAUACUUGACUUCCGGGGAAUGCGAGGAAACGACAUGUCAAUCCCUCCAUAUUUGUCCAAAAUACUUGUACGACCUUUGCUCAGAUGUCAGUUGCGAGGAUGGCCAUAGUAUAGACACAUAUCACAACCAGAGUGUUCUUAGUCGACUCAAUAUGACGAGGGUCAAGUCCAAUGUGCUGAGGAAAUUCCUCCCUCCAGACACAGUAGCUCCUGAUCUAUGUGAUGAAUACAACCUCAACAAAAUUUGCAGUCGUGAGGGAAAAUGUCUCAAGAUGCAUAUUUGUGCCCUUUACGUCACGGGAGCUUGCAAGAUAUGCCAUUUGAAUCACAACAUCUUUGACCCACAGUGUCAGAAAUUACUAAAGCAAGCGAAUAUCCAACUGAAGCGAGCGAAGAAGGAACUUAAAACCUUCUUGAGAAGGAAAUGUACUGUGAGCCCAGAGGAAAUCGGAAAGAGGAGGAAGGACAUGGAAAGGGAACAUGAUCAAGGCAAGGGUCAACAUGGUCUUUCCAGUAAAAUUCAGGAAGCUUCAUGGAGACCUGCAGAAUACUUAAAGAAGAAGGGAAAAUGCAUCCGCAAGGGCAAGCCUUCCUUAUAUGAAAUCCAUGUUGAGGAUGUCAUGAAGGAUGCAGAGAAUCGGACUCGCAAGUGUGUAGUACACUUUGACUCGGCUCAUGGCGACAAGGAAGUCAAAGUCAUCAUUCUUCUUGGUGCCACAGGAGCAGGUAAAAGCACUCUAGUAAACGCCUUCAUCAACUACUUCUAUGGCGUGGAUUGGGAGGAUACCUUUCGUUUGGUAUUGAUCCCAAACAUCGAAAGAGGGAAGUCGAAGGGUGAAAGUCAGACAUCCUGGAUCACAGCCUACACAUUCCCUUGGCAAAAGGGAUGCCGUGCACCCUACAGCAUCACCAUCGUAGACACGCCUGGAUUGGGAGACACUAAGGGAUUAAUAGCGGACAAACACAUCACGUUCAAGGAAUCCAAACCCUUACGUCUGCAAACAAGAACAGCAGUUGCUAAGGAGAGACUAGCACUUGAUUCCACAGCCAACAAUCCCGCGAUCAAGGAUCGCAAUGACCAAAACAUGAACAGCGCGAUUAGUGCCGAAGUGGCACCCCUGAAAGGGGAAAGAACGGAAGUAAACACCAAUGAAAAUCCUGAGAAUGCAAUCCACCAGGCGAUCGCCCGACGAGAUCCAGGAAUCACAGGAAAUGCUAGUACAUCUGCCGGAUCAGCUGAAAUUGGUGCGGCCAAUGCUCCCAGAGAUGAUAAAUCAAGUGAUGGAGAUUCAUCCGAUGAUGAUGAAUCUGAAGAAAGACAGUUUUUGGAAGCAGCUCUUCAGAGCAUCGAGCCGCAAUUGAUGGCCGGACUGGGAAAACUCGAGGAACUGAGGCAGGAACAUGCUGUAUUGAAAAAAUAUGAAGUGGAGUUAAAUGCAAGUGAGAACGUCAUGUAUACAGUGAAAGUCCAGAAGCAAAAACAAGUAGACAAGGAUCCUGGUGAGUACGUGACGAAGUGCCUUAGAUGCAACUUAACCUGUCACGAUCCUUGCACGCUGCCACAAGAUAAAAUGAGGGAUUCGUGCAGUUCAAUGGUCAUCGAUAUGGACACAGGUGCUGUGACACACUGUGCAAUAUGUCCAAGCAAAUGUCCUCCUAAUCAGCAUGUCAAUAAUCAGUAUCGCAUGGAAUUGUAUGAGGAAACAGAGACGAGAUUGAUUUCAGAUUUUAAAGAGAAAUACGAAAUGGAAGCUGGAAAGAAGCUGAAUGUUGAAGGGAUCACGAAAGCCUUGAUCAAGGAAUUUAACCAAGAGAGGGCAAACAUCAUGGAACUGAUCAAACGGGCAUAUGAAUGCCUGUGCAAACUGGAUCGAAUGUCUACCAGUUCUAAAAAAAUGGGUAUCUUAGACUACCUAAAUCUAUUGAUAUCUACCGAGAAAAAAGAAGCUCGGCCUGGUCAUUCUCAGAGGAUCAAGUUCCUCCAAGACACACAAGCCAAGGCCCAAUUGGCUGAAACGCUAAAAGGAGACUUUGAUCUAUUAAAGGAGUACACAAAGGAGUUCGAGAUAGAGGGUUUCAGCAUCUCGCUAUUUGAUCCAGAUUCUGACGAAGAUGACACUGAAAGUGACUCUACCUCUCUGAGCAGUACGGCUGAUGAAGACGAGCAUUCUCCGAGGCCAUUGAGUUUCAUUCGUAGGAUGAAAUUUGCUUUCAGAACGACCGCACGCAAGUAA